AUGGUAAAUUUAAGAAAAACAGGGAGAACUUGCCUGGGGAAUUCGUCGGACGUUGAAUCUCCGAUUGAAGCUGCCUUUUUGAGGAUGUCUUUGAAAGAAUUUGGGAAAAUUCAGGACAAGAGUGGGUUUCAUAGGAUGGGCUUCCCUGAGGAUGUUUUGGGCUGGACUUGGGCUAUUGAGAAUGGCCAGCUACCGGUCGCUUUUGCAUUAGCCACCAAACAAGUACGGAGCUCAGCCACCUACCCGGCUACGCCGCAGGAAGCAGUAACUCUACACGGUAAGAGGUGGAUAUGCCCGUCCCAUCCCGCGCGGGGCACGGGGCGGCCGCUGCCAUUGCCAUUCCUAAAUGCAGAUGGUACCAUAUUUGCCAUUCAUCCAUCACUGUAUGCCACGUGUACAUUCUUUACCAUGGUUGCAUUAACUACAAAUCAGUUCCCAAACCAUGCUGUAAAUUUCAAAACACUCUCGUAG